AAGCUAGAAGGAGGCCGGCAUGUACCUGUAGUUCCAAGGGCAGCACACUUGCAUAGUCCGCACGGGUCGUAGAAAAAACAGUCGGCCAUGCAGAAUGACAGCUCCCUUCGAGCGAUCACGAAUCGCCUGAACGUCACACCUGUCGACGAUCUGCCUCGCGUUGCUGAUUUUCUCGCGGCUCAAUUAGCAAAUUGUCGUCUCGAACUUCUUUUCGCAGACACAAAAGCACGCGACAACUCUGUGACUGCUCACAAGCUCAAAACUCGGAUCAGUUCCUUGCUUCAAGAAAGGUCUCCUGCCGGACGCUAUACUGCUGUCGUCUUGAUCAAAGCGGUCGUCGACCAUGGUGGUAUCAAUGGACUUCGCGCCUCUGAGGGCUGGGCUAGAGGCUUGCUCAAUUGUCUGAAUAAGCCCGAUCCAGUUGCACUCAAGGCACUUUACCUUGUCACCCUGACACGCAUCUUCUGCCUCGCGCAGGACGAUCCGACUCUAUUGAGGGAAGUAGCAACACCCCUGCUUCCGAGCUUUAUCAAGACCUGCCUGGGUCUUCUCAAACCCAUCGACGUCCAUAACGGUGGCACAGAAAGCAAGUCUGUACCUAGUCCUUUGCUGCACCCGGUGUUGAAAUGCUGGAAUCAAUUACUGCCUCGACAGGCUUCCAUCUUUCGGCCGUCCCUCGAUCAGAUCCAAAUGUUCUGUCUGGAAUUGAUAGGUGGCGGCGACACCUCCGUGCAAAGCCGAGAUCUGGCUUCAGAACUGCUUUGCCUACUACUAUCGUCAACACCCAAAAACACGUUCACACAGGAAUGGACACGGAUGGCCAGCAACAUUAUUGAGUCCGCUCAUGUAACUGCUAGUCAACUUUUCCGAGCGGUGAUCGAGGAACAUGAACCAAAUAAUCCAGCUUUUCAGACUAUUCCUUGGAAAGAAAACUUCUCAAAAGAGCCGAAAUCGUCUGAGCAUGGCAAGUUUGGUUUCAGAUCCUGGAAGGGCAUCUACGAGGGCAGCAAUAGACUGAUGGCGUUGCUAUCUUGGCUUUCACACCUGGUUUCAACUCCCACCCCAUUGCCAGUGGCUGCACCAAUCGGUGCCCUGCUGGACCUCACGGCGAGACUCACGGUUGUGACUGUGCCAGACUUUAAGGGCGACGCAGGGAACUCUCUUCGACUCCAUAAAGAGGCUAGUAGAGAAGAAAAGGAAGAGUUAUGGCUGAAUCUGCCAAAGAUUCAUAUGGCAUGUCUGCAUGUUCUCCAUGCUACAUGGUCUGCUUACCGGCAAGCUCUUGUUCCCGUGCAGCGGACUAUCGCCAUCCAGAUUUUGGAUCUGUUCGACAACAUGUGCUGGCACAACGGUGUUCGAUACGAGGCAUACAGACUCUGCACCACUCUUCUGGCGGAUGUUGAUGUCCUGAAUCUGGAGUUGAGACCAGCUGUUUUAUCGAGACUCAUUGAGCAUUGUUGCAAUGACCUGAAAGCAGAGUUUGCGGAGGAGAAAAUCAACGCAUCUAGCACUGGCACACAAAUCGACCUGAAGGCCAAAACGACACAAGGCAACCAUGCACAAAUAUCUAGUACGAAUGCAUCUGUGAUGCGCCGCUCAGAGACGUGCCGUGCAGCAUGGAAGCUACUGCCGGAGCUCCUGAAAGAGUUUCCAGCUUCUUCGACACCUCGUCAAUUGAGGAUUGAGAUGGAACGCGUGGCAGUCUUGCUUGAUCAUGAGGACGCUAUGUUGGCCAGCGUCAUCAACCCAGUCAUCUCGAAAGAGAACAAAUCAACAGCCAGUCUAUUACCUUUCUUAGCAAGGUCUAACACCGAAAGUUCGGCGAUUGAAGCGUUGCUCAGGCCCAGGAUGCCUGUCGUCCACGGAACAAACGUUGCUUCUUCGGAGAAGCCAGAUGAUCACGUUUCUUCGGAUGCUGAUGAGGAAGAAGACGUCCAAAAUCAUGGUGACGAGAGUGUGCCUUCACCAGAAACCUCCUUCAACGAGGUGGCAGACGGUGAUAGCCUCGAGGUCCUUCCGAAAGAAAACAAUCUCUUGAAAAGUAUGAUGAGUGAUCAGAUGCUGCAAAUUUCCGGAUUGCAGAAACGACCAUUUGAGAAUCUUGAAAGCGAGGCUAAGGAGAAGGCUUUCUCCGCAGAUCAAGAGCCCGAGGAAAGAGAAACCAAACGGUCGAAACCAAGUGCAGAUCCGUCAGACGUGGUCAUGGGUCUCGAAGAGAGCCAGAAUGAAGGUCAAAUUCUCAGACCAUCCGGGGGUGACGACGUGAACGCCAUUUCGAUGGCUGCUGAUAUCCCAAGCAUGAAGGGGAAGGAGCCAGACCACAGUUCGAUGUCAUCGAGACCGCAGAAUUUGCAAGCCGAGGACAGUGAUAGCAGUGACUUCGAAAUACCAGCGAUCGAUCCUGGUUUUGAUACAGAUGAGGUGCUGGAAUAGCUAUUUCAAUUAGCUUGAUGUCCUCUGCGGCUUCCAAGCUUCAAGCAGUCUACAUCGCGUCAUAUAGGUACAAACAAAGAAAAUCAUGUCCUGGUGGACUAGUUGUCACAACCCUGGCAAGCCUCGUUUUUUCAUUUCGCU